AUGCUGAUAUUUCACCAAGAAGAUUUCCGACGAGAUUGGCAAGCGAUGUACGAUUCACGAGAACAUCUGAUAGACAGCUAUCCCAACCCUGCAUUUAUGAGUACUUUCCUUGUGGUUAUUGCUAUCGCGUUACAAUACACUGGAUCUCAUCGACAGCAUCUUCUCCGUGAAUACGGUGUAGAUUCUUCUACCCUGAAAGAAAAAUUCCUCUCAAUUAUUCGCGCCAAGUUACUCGAUAUCGUGUCAUUAGCUUCAUUAGAAGCAGUGCAAACUUGUGUCUUAUUAGGGACUUAUUACCUUUACCAUGGGAAUCCGGGUCUCGCGUGGCCGGUUUGUGGUUGUGGAUUGAGACUUGCACAAGCUUUAAAUCUGCAUCGAAGGGUACCUAGUUCAGGCUCUUUAGAUCCUGAGACGCAGAGAAAAUAUGAGACCAGGAAACGAUGUUGGUGGGCUAUCUAUGAGAUUGAGACUUUUUGCUCCAUGUCAUAUGGGUAUCCACUGAGCAUCAAGGAUGCAGAUUGUGAUGUGGAGCUUUUGGAUCCGUUGGUGAGGACGGUUCAUUCACCUGCUUCUUUUAGCUCUACUCAUCAAUUUCCGACUACUCUACUUUCUUACAAGUAUCUGAUGUCGAAGUUAUCGGUCUUGAUUAAAGAUACCCUUACGGAUCUCUAUGGUAUUGGCUCUUAUAGAGCAACAGGAGUUAGCUCUGACAGAUCAGAAAAUUUUAAUCUCCGCAACUUGAUUCGCAAAGUUUCCGCUCUAGAUGCGAGACUAAAGGAUUGGAAAGCUGAGAUUCCAGAUUUACUUUGUAUGGAUAAAUUGAAUUCUCAGAGGACAUACUCUUCCGUGGAUGAAAUGGAUCAAGAUAUCGGAGCAAAGGGUCCUGGCUUCGAAAAUCAUAUCUGCCAGCUUCAAGCACUCACGCUGGAACUUGCAUAUCAGAAUACCAGGAUUCUGGUUCAUCGGCCACUACUAACUUACAAAAUGAUCCCGAAUGAUCCCGGUGAUACAGAACAGGCACAAGAUCCAUUCCAGAGAUCUUUACAGACUUGCAGAGAGGCAGCACUGAGCACAUCUAGCAUUGGAAGUACGCCGAUCUUUCCUCUUGCAGCUGAUACUUAUGCGGUGACAUUCAUCGGGAUUCAUACCUUUACCGCUGGUGUUAUGUUAUGCAUAUUGGCGAGUAUUGAGUCCUUGACUGUGCAUUCGCAUGCAUCGAAGAUGGGAUUGCGUCAAGUGCUGCAGAUGCAGAUGCAGUUAGAAUCUACUUCCAGGUCUGUACUUGCGGCUCAGGGAUUGGAGGUUCUUCAGCGGUUGAUCAAGUUGGUGCUGGAUAAAGAGAUGAAGGAGAUGUUUACUCCUGAGGUAUCGGUGAAUAGUGAUAUUGGUACUCUGCCUGGUAUAUCAAAUCUACCAGUGCAGGACUCAGCAGACUGUAUUGAGUCGAUGGCUGGAUUUGAUGCUCUACUGGAGAGUGAUGUGUUUAAUUAUGUGCAUGAUCCAGCUAUGUCACAGGCUUUGUGUAACUUUGAUCAAGGUAAUUCCAGUUCCUGA